AUGGCCCCAUCACUGGAAGAGCCCGUAGUAACUGUGGCCCCAACUGUGGCCAAGUUCACCGUUCCUGUCCUUGCGCGGGACGCUGGUGACAACAAAUUCGGCUAUCAGCCCGGCCAGACUCCAGUCACCCGACACGACAACUAUGCACACGAAGAUCUUUUGCCGUCAUUCCCGGAUCUCCACUGGGCCCCGCUUGAAUACACUCCCUACGAGGACAAGGGACUGCGAGGAGACGCCAAGUUCCGCAACCUUCUGAGGGAUGCCACAGCUGUCUUUGAUUACAACCCUAAGGUUGGAACUGAAAUCCAUGGUGUUGAUCUCUCAAAGCUCGAUGAUGCACAGCGCGAUGACCUCGCCCGGCUGAUUGCAUACCGAGGCGUUGUCUUUUUUCGCUCCCAGAAGAACUUCGAUAUCGAAGCUCAACGCCAACUGGGUGAAUACUGGGGCAAGCUGCACAAGCACGCCACCACAUCUGUUCCUCGCAAGGCAGGUCUCGAGGACGUCCAUGUCGUUUACGCUGGCGACAACGCCCCCGACAACCGUGCCCUCUUCACACCCAGUUUCCUAUGGCACUCAGACGUGACCUAUGAAAUCCAACCACCGUCCUACACAUCUCUCAAGCUUCUCUCUGGCCCACCCCGAGGAGGCGGUGGCGACACCCUCUGGUCCUCGCAGUACGCCGCCUACGACUUGCUCUCCUCGCACAUGCAAAACUAUCUCAAAGGCCUCACAGCUCUCCACUCCGCCGACAUGCAGGCCAACGAUUCCCGAGCCCUAGGCCGGCCAGUGCGUCGGGAACCCGUCACCACCGAACACCCACUCAUUCGGACGAACCCAGUCACCGGCUGGAACUCACUAUUCUUCAAUCCUGGCUUUGUGAAGAAGAUUGUCGGUAUCCCUACCGCAGAAAGCGACGCUAUCAUCCGCUUCCUCACCGAUGUGAUCGCCACGACGCAGGAGAUGCAUGCCCGCUUCUCAUGGGGCCAGGACGAUGUCGCGCUUUGGGAUAACAGGUCUACCAACCACAGUGCUUCUUAUGGCUUCACGCCCCACCGCCGCCAUGCUGUGCGUGUUGCGGUCCACGCCGAGAAACCUGUGCUUGAAGAGACUGGAAAGUCUCAGGAGGAUGAAUCCAAUGCUUUGUCUGGACUGCCGGCAGUCAACAAGGACGGGUCUCGCCAGUCGAACUACAACGACUAG